GUUGGUAUGCGAAGUUUCACUGCUCUAUAGGUAGGAAUUUUCAAAUUUCAAAUAGGUGGCUAAAUAUAACUAAAAAAUCACAAUAUUUUGAUAAUCGUACCACGUCUUAAAAAUACUAAAAUAAGAAUAUUACGUUCAAAAUUAUAUGUAUACCUAUAUGAUGUUAUAUUAUAUUACAUGAUCUACAUUAUCUACAUGAUUAUUUUUAAUUAAUUAAUAACAAAAACGAAAAAACAAUAUCAAAAAUAACGGAAAUUUAUUGAGGUCCUUUUCCCAGGUUUUCCUAAUUAUUAUGAAAACUACUAGGAAAAUCAAAAACUGACCGCUUCGAUGAAGCAAUACAAUUAACUAACAGAAACCAUCCUAACAAAGUUGAUGAUCGGAGCAAUAUUUCUGAUAGAAAAGUUACCCACAGGCGGAAAAAAUAUACAGCACACAUACGUCAUUUUAUAAUAUAAUAAAACCAAUGCGUCCAUGGCUUCACUCAGAAUUUAAAAAUACAAUAAAAUAACUAAUUUAAAUCGUGUAAACGAUAAACACGUACACUUUUUAAUAAAAUAAUAUAAACAUGACAGUUUCGAAAAUUGCAGAUUAGAUAUUAUAAUAUAAUGUGGUUAUUAUUAUUAUUAUUAUUAUGUAUAUUCACCUAAGUAUAAUAUUUAACUACAAUAUCAGUGGUUAAAGUAUGGGAACGGAGGGGUCGGAGGAGUUCUCCUUCUUAUUUUAGAUAAAAUUAUUAGUACUCCAUUUAGUCUGAGGGGACUUCAAAGCUGUUAUUUUCACCGAGGCAUUUUCAAUGAGAUUUUAAGAACUCGAAUUAUCUAUUAGUUUUGUUCGAAAGGUUUAAUUCUUUACUUUAUUUUUACUGAACAGGCAUACCCGUAGGAUAAUAUUUAAGGUUUGGGGGGGGGAUGCAGUUAAUUUUUAAAUCCUAUUAGUUUUUAUAAACAAACGUGCGGGAGAGAAAAACAUUUUAGAUUUCUAAAUCUCCGUGAUGCGAUUCCUGAAUGUUCAGUUAUAGUUCUCGGGAACGCCCAUUAAUUUUCGAUAAAUUCCCGGUCCCCCUUAGAAGGUGUUUUCUCUAAUUAACCACUGUAUAAUAUUUUCUAUUUGCUCUGCGCGGUUGCAUUAGGUAGGUACUACUAAUCCGUACUGUAAUGUGCGAAUGUGGAACAUUUUAAUGUAAUAUAUGACAAUGCUAUCUAAUCAAAAUAACAUUAUUAUUUACUCUGCCAAACGGUAUUUAUUUAUCAGAAAAAAAAAAACAAAUUAAAAUAUAGAUUUUACUUUGUUAUUUAAUCUAAUAAAAAGAGUAAAGGUCAUUCGAUCAAUAGUACAGCCGGAUUAUUCGCUUCCAACACAGGGCGUGUUUUUGUCAUACAACUAUUAUUGUUAUUAUUAUUACUCGCUACGAUACGAUGGUUGGUACUUAUUUCUAAAAUUUAAUAACUAUAAUAAUAUAAUCGUUCUAUUACAAAGUAAUAAGUGACUAUAUUAGACAGGGUACCUAAAAAUUAGGUAGGCAAGUGAAGUCGAAGGCGAAUUUGUGAAUUAUUUACGAUACACAAAAAUAUGUUGUUAACUUCGUGUUUCGGUUUACCGUUGCGCACGGGAGCUGGCAUUAUAUCGAUUGUCAAUUCGGUGAGUAAAAUUAUACUAUAAAUUAUUUUUGUAUUAAUUUGUAUGAUCUCAACGCUGUCUAUGGUUUCGUUUUAAACUAUACGUACAAUAUACAAUAACAAGUAUAGGUACCUACAAGGUGAUUCUUUUAUAAUUUUUUAAACCUAACCUAACAUUUUUCAACCUUUAUUUUAACACUGUUUUCAAAUUUUUACCCCUACUCCUUAUGUACCUUAAACAGGAUUGCUACGCUUUGGAUUAUUAUCUAAACACGGAUGUUGUGAAGUUCCCGCUUCCCACAAUCUAAAUUGUAUAAAUCAUAAACGGUAGAUAGGUCUACUAGAUAAUAUUUGUGUUACUAAUACGCAUAUUUUCAGAAAAACAUUCGCUAUACGAACAAUUGUUUAAAACGCCAAAUAUUGCUAUUUGAAAAUCAUAUCUAAAGCGUAGGUUAGUACUCAUUUAAGGUACCUACCCGUAAUGAGACAGGAUUAGUAGGAUUAAUUUACUUACGAAAUUGAAUUGUUAAAAUUAUAAAACUAUUCCGUAUGUAAUGGUUUAAAAAUGAAUACUCAAAAUAUAUAAUAGGUAUACUAUGUUUAAGAAAGCUAAAUCGAAAACACAACAUUUUCAAUCGAAAAAGAAAUUUAGCUACAAAUGUCCUUCAUAUAAAUAAUAUCAAAAUAACAGUACCUAAAUUAAAUGUUUGUGAUUAUACACGUUCUAAUAAUAUCUACAUACGCUAUUUUAUUUCAUUACUUAUUCGUGUGUGUUCUAGUACUAUGUUAUUCGUAACAUUUGCCACGAUCAUUUUCAUUUAAACCCAGGCACCUACCUAGGUGGCUGGGUAUACGAUUACCGAACGACUGAUUAACAAACCCGUUAUAACACCCGUUUUACUAUUGAGAAUAAAACGACGUCGUAGGUACACGGAUUAUCUAUAGGUACCUAUAUUAAAUUGCUGCAUUAGUACCCUGCACGGCUGCACGUAAUCCAUAUGCAUUUAAUCUUAGAUACCUUAAUCGUAGGUACCCUAUAUCGGGUGUACAUAAAUAAUAUGGUUCAAUUUCUGUUUUUAGAUUCUAUCGAUCGUCUAUGUAUUGUACAACGUAUGGGAGUAUAAUGUUAAUUAUGGAUACGAUAAGCGCGAAUUCAACGACGUUGGAUUUUAUUCGUCGGAAAUAGAAGGUAAAAUAAAUAAUAUUAUACUUGUAUUGUACGCAUAGGUAGUAGAUACCUAAUAGGGUUCAAUCCCAUUUCGCCGACAACGUUUUAUUCCGUUAAUACUUACUGAUGACGUACGUUGCUUAAAGUACACCUACUCAUGACUCCAUCCUACAAUAGUACACGUUAAAACGACUAGUUUUCAUUGUCGAUUUUGCCAGGGAGGGAACACUUGUUUUCUUAAAUUAUCACUGUACUGAACUACAAAACUGUACUAAACUUAAAUUAUGAAAAUAAUAAGAACAAUUCUUUUGAACAUCCGUCUAAUCGUUGAUUACCUAUUGUUAUAUUGUCAACAGUUUUUAUAUUUUCGAUAAUACUAAAUUUAUAUAUUUACUCACGUUCACGUAACGAUAGCGACGCUGGAAUUUCUUUAGUAAUAAUAAUUUCGUUGCAACAAUAAUAUUUCAAUUCAAAAUGGUAAUAUAAUCGAUGUGUCGGCGUCUCGGCGACGUGGGAAGGCACGCCUAAUACGCCAUUUCGGGGUCGGAUUCGUGGUUGUGGGGACCCCAAGGCCCGUUUCAAAAAGAGCAAAGGUAAAUUUAAAUUUAAAAUAAAAAAAUGAAAACUGAAAUUUUCAAUUCAUGAAUUGCGCGUGGCUAACAUAAUAUUAUAAUGGUCUGAAAUAUAAACUUACCUACGCACCGACUACUAUCGAAGAUUACCUUUAUAUGGGUAGGUAUAGUAAAUUACAAACUGUUAUUCUACAACUCUGUCAAAAGUGGCGUAACUAGGACCUAUCUUUGGGCGAUUGAUACGAAUAUUUGUUAAAAAUAUACACUGAUGCAUUAUAAUACACUAUACCUAUAAUAUAUUAGACAAUUUUUUUAACUCUAGAUAGGUAUAGUCAAUAAUGAACGGACAAAUAUUGAUAUCUAAUGGUAGGUACCCUAUAUGCUUCACACUUGACAUUUUCCAUUUUGUAUUGUAGGUAUCUAUUUCUAUAUAUAAUAAGUUGUACCCACUAAAAAUAAAACAAAAAUGGACCGGGUCCUAGACCUCUUUGGAAGGUAUCACUCACAUCACCCUCCAUGAGAACGCCAUUGAUGUUUAGGUACUGUAUUACCGUUUCGUUCUAAUACAUCAUAAAAUAAAUGGUUUCUAAUAUUUAUUUUAAAACUUUACAAAAAAUAUAUCGAAUAAUUAGAAACUAAAUAAUGAACCGUACAAUUUGUGAAAAUAAAAAUGAUUCUACUAUACUUGUUUCAACAUUCUAGUAGUCAUGUAUAAAUAUAACCAUACGUUCAAUUUAUAAAAUAGUUAUUAGAGGCAUAGUCCUUAGAUAUAUUUUACAAAUAUAGCUUUUUAUUAGGCCUUUACGAAUGUACCAGUUAUUUACACAUUUAGAUAACCGUGAUACGUACCUAUAGAUACCUUACCUUAGAUAUCUUAGCAUAUGAUUAUCAUAAAUAUUUGUUUUAAUCGUACCAAAAUUAACCAUAAAAUAAAUUAUAAAUACUAAAACUUAAAGACAAAAAAUGUUGAGAAGAAAGAAAUUUCAUGGGAAGGGGGGAUAAAACCCUAUAUCUGCGCAUCCUACGCCACUGUGUACAUAUAUGUUUCGGAUAGUGGUACAUUUAAAGUAAGUAUAAGUAAUAUACCUAGACAAUUCAUUCAAAAUUAAUAUUUUUUUUUUUAGACAUAUUUUUGAAUUACAUCGCAUUAGUUUUUAUGCUCGUCGGAUUUACUUCGCUGUAUGCAAAUCUCAGUUUGAAACAAGCAACAAUAAAAGUGCGUAAACAAAUUUUUAAUAUAACAAUUUAUAAAUUUAAAUAUAAUCGAAAAGUAUCUAACUUGUAUAAUUUUCCAUUCCCAUUUUUACAACUUUCAAUUUUUAUGUUUUCUAACAGGUAUACCGUGUAUUUUUAAUUGCUGUUGAAAAGUUAAUACAAUUAUUAUUACUUACUCAAAUUAUAAUAUAAAUAUUUUGUGCGUUAUAUAUUUUUUUUUUUUUUUUAAUACUCCUAGUUGGGAAAAACUGUAGAAAAAUGUAAAAAUUACAUUAAUGGUUUCAUUAUUUUACUGUGAUUCUGUUAAAAAUAAAUUUAAAAAGGGCAGUUUUCACAGGAUAGUAUUUAUUAGUCUUUUUUAGGCGUAUAAUCAUUACUGAUUAAAGUCAUUUGAAAUUUUCGAGUAAUUUUAGUAUUUAUUUGGUUUAACAUGAAUACAAUUGUUUAACCAAACAGUAAUGCUUAAAAAGUUAACAUAGGGUUCAUUAUAGGUUGUAAAAAAAAAAAAUGAGUUAAUGUAGUGGUUUUUGUUAUAAAUGUCUUAAGUUCAAAAAUGAUUUAUUAACAUAUCUUUCCAAUUUGCCACCUACAACCAAAAAACCCAUACACCUAUCAGUAGUAUUACUGUAUUAGCUCUUUGUUUUUAAUUUUAAUUUUUUUUUUUCUUUUUAGAAUGAAAUACAUAAGAUUUAUUUGUGGCUUUUGAUUGAAUAUGUCCAAUUGGGCACAUUCAUCACAAUUGAGACUGUUAUAGGAUACAAAUACACAUUGACAGCAUUACAAUUAAUCGGAUUAGUCGUGUGCAGCAUAAUUAUAAACGGUAAUAUAUACGGUAUAUAUAAGGUAGGUAGAUAAUUUAAAUGCUUUAAUUUAGGUUUUAAACGCUGUAAGUAUAAAAACUAGUUAUAAUUAAUAAUACUUAAAUGUAAAAAAUGCAAUUGUUUAGAAAAUAGACCCCUAAAAUAUAAAAGAAUAAAAAAAAAAAUGCUAUUAUAAUUUGUUUUUAGGUAUCAUGGGAUAUCAGCUUUUAGUAGUCCAAUCCUUCUACGCCGAAGAGAAAUUAGUCCAAGAAACUAAUUACACAAAACUCUGUUCCGAAUUACAAUCACAAGUUCAGGAUCAAGAUGAAGAAUUUCAAAGUGUGGCUCUUUAAACCCCAUGUAUUAAUUUAAUUUAUAGUAGGUAAUAAGUCUACAUAAAAAAUUAUACCUUCCUACCUAUUAUUUUGUGCUGUUUUCUCUGUUAACAAAUCAAUUAUGAAUAUUAUUAAAAACUUACCAAUAUUGUAUUUCAUUGAAUCCAUUUAUGAUUUGCUUAGCAAUUUAAUAAACUUUUUUUUAGUUGGAUACAUAAUUUAAAAUUUCAAAAUCCUAAAACAUACGCAUUAAACAACAUUUAUAAAUACUAUAAACUAAUUUACAAUAAAUUAAUCCAAAAAUAAAUAGUCUACUACAAAUUCAAUAUAGUUACAUUCAAUAAAUACCUUAUUACAUAAAUUAUGGUAAUAUAACAAGAAUAUUUGAUGGCAACUAUUGUUUAAUAAUUCAAUCACAAUUUAAUAUUUGUGAUGCAGUCAACAUUUUACAGUAAAUUGUUUAGGAUUUCAAAUAUUUGAUAUAUUUAGAAAAAGAAUACAAAAUAAUUAUAAGUGAGGUUUUUUUUAAUAUUCUUAGCAUAGUGAAUUAAUUCUACAAAAAUGAGUGCUUUUUUUUGCUACUAAAAAUCUUGAUCCAGUUAUUAACUUUAGAAUGGUUUUUUUUAAUCUAAAUAUUAGUUCAAUUGUAUUUAGAAACUUUACUUUAGUUAUUCUUUAUUUUUUCUCUCGACAAUAUUUUGAGAAACAUUUAAUGUUUCUUUGUAGUAAUAAUAAAUUUUUGGCAAUAGUGUAUAAGAAAAACAAAUUGUUUCUUUAAAAUAAAAUUCUAUUUUUCUUCUACAAUACUCCCACCAACUAUUUAGUAGUUCAAUUCUUCUAUGCCAAAGAGAAAUGAGACAAAUCUCUGUUCCGAAUUACAAUCACAAGUACAGGAACAAGAUAAUGAAUAUCAAGGUGUGGGUCUUUAAAUCCCUUGUAUUAAUUUAAUUUAUAUUAGGUAAUAAGUCUACAUAAAAAAUUGUACCUUCCUACCUAUUAUUUUGUGCUGUUUUCUCUGUUAACAAAUCAAUUAUGAACAUUAUUAAAAACUUACCAAUAUCGUAUUUCAUUGAAUAAGUUUAUGAUUUGUUUGGCAAUCUAAUAAACUUUUUUUUUAGAAAUCUUUGUCUUUUGUUCAUUCCUCUCAACUAUUUAGGUUUGAACAUCACGGUUCUUAACUUCCACUAGACCCGAACUUCACACCUCGCAUACACUGGGUACUUUCAUAUCAUUUCCAAUUGCAUCCAACUACCACUUUUUUUGAUCUUUCUCUCCACCUAUUUCCUACUGUUUGCUUUUUAAUACAAUUCUUACUGCUUUAAAUUCUC